AUGGUUAACCUUGGAAUCCCCGACAACUAUACCUUCUCUCCCUGUGAGAGAAGCCCACAUCUCACUAUCAACCAUGAGGUCGCCGCGGACCUAGACUCCACCAAUGCCUUUGAAGGCCCUGAGAAGCUACUUGAAGUUUGGUUUGCACCGUCGCCUCGUCUGCUGCCCCCGAGCGUCAAGGAAGGUGGUCUCAAAGCCGUCAGCCCCUCAACCUGGGAGGGUAUGCUCGAUUUGGUCAAAUGCAAAAUUCUCUCCAUUGUUCGGUCGGAGCAUGUUGAUGCCUAUCUCCUGUCCGAGUCAAGCAUGUUCGUCUUCCCGCACAAGCUCAUCCUCAAGACAUGCGGCACCACGACCUUGCUCCUCGGACUUCGCCGCCUCCUCCGCAUUGCCGCUGUUGAUGCGGGUUUCCCUUUUCACAAUGCAACAUCGUUGGAUGACGUUCGUGUCGCCGCGACUCCAUACCGCGUCUUUUACAGCCGCAAGAACUUCCUAUUUCCCCACCGUCAACGUGGACCUCACUCGAGCUGGAAGGAUGAAGUUAAGUUUCUGGACGACACCUUCGAGAAUGGCAGUGCCUACAUGGUUGGCCGGAUGAACGCCGACCAUUGGUAUCUCUAUAUGACGUCCCCUGUCGGCAACACCCUGACCCCACCCCUAACUCCUAGCUCAAGCAAUGGAGGUAGCCCAACUCGUUCUUCCAAGAUUCCGACCGGAAUUAUUACCUUCCCUGGCGCUCCUGAGGAACAAGCUGACGAGACGCUUGAGAUUCUCAUGAUGGAUCUUGAUCCCGAGCUUGCGAAGCAGUUCUACCUGGAACAGGCGAGUGCGGUCGCCGAUGAGCGGGUGCCUGCCCAAGCCCGGGAAGCUCGGCGUGCUGCUCAUGACAGUUUGGGUGAUAUCGACGGCCAGGCUUUCGUCACUGAUGCCGAUCAUGUUGAUGUUUUCGCCAAUAGCAAAGAUUUGGACGGCGCUGCACCCAACGCUGAACAAGCGGACAUCGAAGCUCGUACCACUGAGGGACACGCCCUUGGCACGGUCGUUUCUGAUAUGUGUGGACUCUCCCAGGUGUAUCCCAAGUCCGCAUAUCCAGACUCUCGCAUUGACGCCUAUUUAUUCACCCCAUGUGGUUUCUCUGCCAAUGGUGUGGUUCCUGCUCCGGUUCCUGGUCCUGAUGGCAAAUGCGAUAAGCUAGACCACUACUGGACCGUCCAUGUCACACCCGAACCCGUUUGCUCGUAUGCUUCAUUUGAAACCAAUGUCCCGGGUGGUCAGAAUGGCCGUGCGACUUCCGAGGUCAUCAACCACGUUGUCAGCAUCUUUAAGCCGGGUCGGUUCACCAUGACUCUUUUCCAAGCCAAGAAACCGGCUGAUGAUGACAGCCUUCUUGUUGCCCCAAUCAAGCAUAUGGAUACCAUUAAGGGCUACCGGCGCAUGGACCGCAUCGUCCAUGAUUUUGACGAUUAUUAUCUGAUCUUCCGCUACUACGAACGCGAAGGCUGGACCGGCGAUGGCCAAGCCCGGGUUGGGGAAGACCAUUAA